AUGCGACAGCGAGUCCUUGCUCGGGUAGUAACACGACUGUCGGGGGGCGCCGCCGCCCUCUUCACCUCGCACCGAACCAUCAUCAACGGCGUGGCGAGUAGCCGCAUUCCGCGUGGUAUGGUGCCGCUGGGUGUGCAGUGCAGCGAAGACGUGCUAGAGGCACUGGCCGAGGCCUACGUGAGCAUGGAUAUGGCCACCAUGGCAGCCUUUCACAAGAAGACAAUGGCAGAGAUGUUGCGCGCCAGUGGCGGUGGGACCCAACCCACCGAGAUGAACUACGAGGAGCGCUUGUUGCAAGCUAUGGGCGGUGGUGAUGGCGCCGCCGCCACGCCUGCACCAGCGGCUGCCGUGGCUCCUUGUGCUGCUGCCAGCGACGCUGUGGCUGCAGAGAGUGUCGCUUCAAUGGCCAAGAAGGCGCCUGAAAAAAUGGCCUUUGACGUCACCCUCAAGAAGUUCCCGGCUGAGAACAAGAUCAAGCUGAUCAAGGAGCUGCGCUCUGUGUGUGGGCUCUCCAUUCCGGAAGCGAAGGCGGCGAUCGAGAAAUCCCCAGGUGUGAUCGCCUGCCAGGUGCAGAAGGCCGACGCAGAGAAGCUCAAGGACGGUAUGGUGAAGCUAGGGGCCGAGGUGGAGCUGAUGUGA